CAGUUUUUUCAAAAAUCGAGGGAGGAGAGUUCUCAAAAACAUUGUUUGAAAAUGGCGGCGGAAAAAAAUAGCGACCUGCCACUGAUUGAUAAAACUAAUGAAAAGUCAACUAUGGAAGUGGUAGAAAUAACUGAUUGUGUAUAUGAUGAGGAUGGUAAGAAGUUAUAUAAAGCCCGUUGUAAUCUUUUCAAUUGGCUUACAGAGGAAGAAGCUGCAGACUAUCCUCUUUUACUAAAAAAGUAUUGGACACUGAAAAAGAAGGAAGAUGCGAAAAAAGAAGCCAGAAAUCGAGCGAAGAAAGAGAAAAAUGUAACAAAACAAAGUGAUGACAUUGCUAAAGAAGUUCCUGCUAGUGAUGGAAAAAUAGAUCCAUCUGUAUUGGCUGAAAACAAAACUGGUAAGCGUCCGUAUCCUAAGGAAUGUGGAGAAAACAAAAAACAAGGGACAGUGGAUGGGCCUAAAAGAAGUAAACGUUUAAAGGAGAACGACGAGAGACUGACGCGUUUUUAUUGUAAACAAUGCGACAAGUCGUUUCGUACAGAAGAUAUAUAUACUGCCCACACACUGGAACAUGACCAAGAUGGUGAAGUAGUAAAUAAAAAUAAAGAAGUCAUAUCAGACGAGAUUUUUGACGUGGUAUUCGUGGGGAAAAAGAAAGAUUAUAAAUGUCGCGUUUGCCACCAAGUAUACCGCGAAAAACGAGACGCCCUGGCGCAUCAAAAAGUCCACGAUGGUACUAAUCCAUGGUAUUGCGAAGAAUGCGAUAAACAUUUUUUACGAAAGUAUAAAUACAGUAGACACAUACUGAUGCAUACUGGUACGAAAAAUUACGAGUGUGACGCGUGCGGAAAGACAUUCAACGGUCCCGAUUAUUUACAGCGUCACAAGAUGACGUAUUGCGUUGAGGGUCGUGGUCGUUUUAAAUGCGAUGUAUGCGAUGAGGGAUUCAGCGAGAAAAGACUUCUUGAAGCACAUAUUUCUAUUCAUGAUGGCUCCAAUCCGUUUUAUUGCGACGUUUGUGAUAAAUAUUUCCUGAAGAAGACGCCGUUUGAAAACCAUAUGGCUCUACAUGAUGAUUAUAAACCGUAUAAGUGCUCCACCUGCGACAAAAGAUUUGUUGCGAGAGGUGAUUUUAACAGACAUGUAAAAAGUCAUGACGAUGACCUUUACUGCUGCAACACGUGCCAGGAAGUUUACACCCUGCACGAGGAUCUGGAAAUGCACUACCAAAUGUCGGAGAGUUGUUUAGAGGUGAUCUGCACGGAGUGUAACGUAGAGUUUCCCUGCGUGAGCGAUCUUAGAAAUCAUCUGCAAAGCUAUGCUAUCAGUAGUUCGCCUGAAGAUCCCAGUUUGGCUGUGUACAUUUGUAAUUUUUGUCAGCGUGGUUAUCAUGUGCAUUCUUCAUUCUUGGAGCAUCGUCCUACACAUGUAUCUGAGAAAACGAAAAAAUGCUCACAUUGCGAUGCAACUUUUAAUACUAGGGAACGUUUAACAACGCAUGUUAAGCUUGUUCAUGGUGUGUCCACGACUUAUCCUUGCGUUCAGUGUGGUAAAGUGUUUAACGAAAGUGUUCACCUGAAACGUCACACAAAGACUGUGCAUAGUAAAGAAACAAUAUACAGGUGUUUACCAUGUGAAAAGAUAUUUUAUAUGAGAACUGACCUCAACCGACAUGUGUUAACCAAACAACACAUAAAAACAGUGAAAGAAGAGACCUCAGUGAGUGGAAAAUUUGAAAACCUAAGCAAACUACGAUGCGCUAUAUGCGAGAAGGUUUUCCAAACAUUAAACGAAUUGAAACGACACGAAUACCUCCAUCAGCGUGUACAAGUAAAACCUAGUGAAGAGUUAGUCUUUAACGACUCUACCGCAGACCCAGUACAAAGCGCGUACUAUCGAGACACUGUGUAUACGAUCGAUGGAGAGCAGGUCAUUUUAACCGAUCAACAAGCUGAACUUGUGAAUGCUAGAUUGGAUAUAGAUACAGAUGGUAACUAUGGAAUUGUGUAUGUUAAUCCUUCCGACGCGCAAGAUAUAAAAGCUAGUACUAAAACUGUGUCGACUGCUUCUACUAAAAAAGAACAUAACGAUGGUAUUGACUUAACAAUUGAGCAAGGAACUAUGGGCACAGAUCAACAAAAUUCUGUGGAUAAGUCAACGUCUAUAGUUAUAAACGACGCUACUUCUGGUGAAGAGAAGAUCUUGAUUCAUAUACCUCUUUCCAAUACGACAAACAGUGACGCGUCAGCUGCAACGAUGGUGUCGGGAGAAAACAAUGUCGCCGUGUCGACUGAUCAGUGCAAUGAAGAAACGUUUUUAGCAAUCAGUGAAAUGGUUCAGCAGGGAAGGCUUGAUGUUUCUAGUUUGCAGGUGGUACAAACUGAUUUAAAUGUAUCCCCUACAGAAGAGACAGUCUAGAAUAUUUGUGGUGUUUGAAUUUUUUUGGGGUGUAAUAACAAGGAAAUAAUACGUUGAGGUUAGCACUCCUCCAGUGUUUAACUGCAUUAUUGUGUUCGAAAUCCACUUUUUUUUAAUCAAAAAGAAACUAUAAACGCGAAUUUAAACCUGUUUGCUUUUAAGAUUUCGUAAGAACUCUCGGGUAAUAACAAACCUCGCGCCAGCCUAUAUUGACAAAUAAAGUUCUGACGUUUUUAGUUGCGUGUUUUUAUUAGAACAGUGGACACCACCAGAAUGAUUUAUCUGUUAUGCUGGUCCCUUGUAAGGUACUAUGUUGGUAAUUUUUUGCAAGAACUCUAAGCUUCCGUUA